CGCCUAUCAACCUAAUUAUUAUGGCUACGCUGGAAUGGGCGGCUUCUUCAGCGCUUCUUCACUCCCAGCUGCAACGUCUCAGCCGCCUCCUGUUGGUCCUGAAGCAAACUCCAAACCUACCACUUCACGAGAGGCCCCGUCUCCUCCUUCCCCUCCCAGAACGUCCGCCUGGGACUUCCUGAACCCUUUUGAGUCGUUUGAGAAAUAUUACCCGCCAUACACAUCCGACAGUAGCUCUAAGGAGUUGAGGGAAGCUGAAGGUAUCCCUGACCUUGAAGAUGAGCACGAAGUCAUAAAGGAAGCUUAUGUGGACAAAAAGUUUGUAGCUUCCACCUCUGCCGCCGCUGAGCCUGAUUACUCCAUUAAAGGUGUAUCAGUUUCAGAAGAGGAUGUUGGCAGUUCAGGGGAGAAUUCACGGUAUGAUUUGAGACCGAAGAAGGAUGAGGUGGAAGUGGUGGAAAAGAAUGUUGUUGGUGGUGAAGUGCAGAAGCCCCAUAAUGAGAGGAGGACUGUUGCCGCUCCUCGCCGAUAUCAUGACGUAUCUGAGGUUGCAAGCGACAUAAGAGUCCAGUUUGAGCGAGCAGCUGAGUCGACUAAAGACCUCGCUAGAGUGCUUGAAGUGGGAAAGCUUCCCUACUUCAGAAAAAAGUCAGUUUUUGCAGCGGCUUCGAGAAUGAUGUGCUUGAUUCCGAUAUUGAUGUGGAAGGAUGAAGAUUUAGUAUACGACGAAGAUACAGUAACGAGUACUGGAAAUCUUUCAUCUACAUUGCAGAAGCUGUACAUUUGGGAACAAAAGCUCCAUGGUGAAAUCAUAGCUGAGGAAAAGAUGCGGUUGCUUCAUGACAGAAACAGUCAAAAGUUGAGGCGCUUGGAUGAAAGAGGUGCAGAAGCUCACCAGAUUGAGGCUACUCAAACAUUGAUAAGAAAGUUAUCAACAAAGAUAAGGAUUGCUAUCCAGAUUAUUAACACUAUAACUACAAAGAUAAAUGUUCUGAGAGACGAGGAGUUGUGGCCACAGAUAGACGAACUCAUCCUGGGCUUUGAGAGGAUGUGGAGGGUUAUGCUGGAAUGUCAUCAAACUCAAAGCCAGGCAAUAACUGAAGUUAUUCAUCUAGUUUCCAUUGCAUCUAGAGAAAACUUCAGUGAUGAACUCACGAAUGCCAUAAUGCAUCUAGAAAUGGAGUUACUGAGAUGGAUGGGAAGCUUCUCCUCCUGGAUAAAUUCUCAGAAAAACUUUGUUAAGUCAUUGAACAGCUGGCUUGUUCUUUGCCUUCACUAUGAACCAGAAGUAACAGCCGACGGAAUUCCUCCUUAUUCUCCUGGUAGAAUUGGCGCUCCCCCAAUCUUCGUCAUCUUUAAUCGCUGGCAUCAAGCUCUUGAUAGGGUUUCAGAUAAGGAAGUUGUGGAAGCCAUGCUCUCUUCCGCCGCAAGCAUUAAGCAACUAUGGCUACAGAAUGAUAUCGAUCUUCGUCAGAAGUUGAUUGCCAAAAAAGACAUGGAGAGAUUGUUUAAGAUGAGGGAGAGGGAAGCACGAGCAAUUAGCACGGAAGUUGAGCCGCUUGUAGUCUCGUCCGAACCUAGUAAUCUUCAGUCGUCGCUGCGACAAAUUUUUCAGUCGAUGGCGAAUUUCGCAACUAAUGCCAUGAAAGCAUAUGAGGAUAUUCGGAUGGCGGCUGCAGAGAAAACAAAGGGCUCUCAGGCGUGAAGCAUUUAAUGUAUCCCAUACAUUCAUCAGUUUCUGGCUUAUUGAGCUUAGCAGCUGAAGCUUAGUUGAGCAAUGGGAGCUGUUCUUUUAAUGGCGGAGAGCUUAAGCUUUAGCUUCCUGAGUAAAAGAAAAGGCUUGCUGGACAGGAUGGAGAAGAAUUCAAGGAUUGAAACUUCAGUUCGGCUGAUUUCUUUAUGAAGUUAAUGGUAUCAAGAAAUCAAUCAAUUUUGUGGUAAGCGGACAGAUGUGCUAAGGAGACUGAACUGCUAUUGCCUUUGGUUCAGAGGAGAAGCAAAUGCAAGUAAUGGUGUAUCAUGUAAAUUAUGAAAUAGUUUUGAUGAUGUGCAAAAUAAUCAUAGGAUACUCUGUAUCACUGUAUAUAUGCCUCUAUUUAAUUGGAAAUAAAUUUUUAUAUGUUGGAA